AAAUCUGGUCCGACCGAAUCCGGUCAUUACCAACCUCGUUCUCUCCGACUCCGCACGAUGAGUACUAAGGCAGCUUCCGAACUUCCGAAUCGCCGCGUCGUUCUAGCUGUCGAUGGCAGUGAAUUUACAAGACGCGCAUUUGACUGGUACACAGAGAACUUGUAUCGUGAAGGUGAUGUCGUCCUGCUUGUACAUGCCUUCGAGAUGCCAGUGCCUGCUGUGUUUGGAUUUGGUGCGAGCGCUGUAGUUGCUAUUGGGGAAGGAUAUCAGCAGCAGGUUCAAGCAGCACAAGACAAGGCCAUUGCAGUUCUUGGCGAAUACACCGCCUUGUGUGAAUCUAAAAAGAUUUCAUGCCAGAAAAUCAUCGAAGCUCAGCAGGACUCUGCAGGGGAGGUCGUCUGUCGAAUAGCCAAGGAAAAGCAAGCUGAUAUGAUUAUGAUGGGUUCACGAGGUCAAGGCAUGCUGCGUCGAACAUUCCUGGGGAGCGUCAGUGAUUAUGUUAUCCACCAUUGUCACCUACCUGUCACUGUAGUACCUCCAAAGAAAUGAACUUGAAAAGACAUGACUAUGGUUGCUAGCCAUGCCUACUUUGCUUAGUUUGUGUUUGCAUAGCUGACUUGCUGGAACUGGAGGAUUUGAAUCGUUUCUUUAUAUCAGACAUACAUGGUGUGCAUAUACAUUUCAAGAUGUGUAUGACCUUGGAAACAA